AUGGUACAAGAUGGUUGUUCUCUUAAUGUUAUUACAUACAGUACUUUGAUUGAUGGUCGGUACAAGGCAGGUAAAGUAAAUGGAGCUCUUGCAUUAGCAAAUGAAAUGAUACUAAAUGGUUGUUCACCAGAUAAUGUUACCUAUGAUACCCUAAUUGAUGGUCUCUGCGAGGCAGCUAUUAUUGCAUACAGUAUCCUGAUUAAUGGUCUCUGCAAGGAGGGUAGAGUACAUGAAUCUCUUGGAUUAGCAGCUAAAACAAUACACAGUGGUUGUUCUUGGGACACGGUUACGAACACUACCUUAGUUGAUUGUCUUUGGACGGUGGGUGAAGUAAAUGAAGCUCUUGGAUUAGCAAAUAAAAUUAUACAAGAUGGUUGCUCUCCAGAUAUUCUAAUAUACAGUACCCUAACUGAUGGCCUUUGCAAGUUGAAUAGAUUGGAUAUUGCUCUCAGAUUAUUAGGUAAACUGAAGCAUGUUGAUAUUUCUCCAGACAUUGUUACAUAUAAAAUCCUAAUCAAUGGUCUCUGCAAAGAGGGAAGAGUACAUGAAGCUCUUGAGCUAGUAGCUAAAUUGACACAAGAUGGUUGA